ACGUCUCUUGCGUAUCUAUAAACAUUAUUUCAAAAUGCCGAAACGAAGUGCCGAUGAAAAGAUAGCUCAUUACCAACGAAAAAUAAGAAAACUCGAAUUAAAAGAAAACCAAAGGCGAUUACAAGUAUUAAAUACUUCCCCUGUAGGCAGUUCUGAUAAUGAGGAAGAACCUUUGGAGGAUGAUAUACCAAACGAGGAACAGCCGAUGCAAUGUCUGACAGCUAUACCAGACCCACCUAACGUGGUAGAUCAAACAGUUUUGAUGGAACCAGUCUCGGUUUCAGUAGACCCCGCACAAUCACAAGAUAACGCGGCUGUACCAGAGUUAGACCCUGAAAUUUUAUCGGCUUUAGGAGAGGCAGUUGAUGACACGCCUAAAUUCGGCGAAAAGAUUCAUCCCAACUUGGCUCAACGUUGGUUACCUUUACUUCGAAAAGGCUUAACUAAAGAAGCGAAGGAGAACCUGUCAAAACAGUACCUAGUUCCGGAAAAUUGUCCAUUGCUACAGGCACCGAAACUGAAUGUCGAAAUUGCAGCGGCGAUUAACGAAGCCGUUCGAAACCGAGACAAAAAGUUGGAAACCACGCAACAGCAGCUCGGUAUCGGGAUGAGCGCCAUAAAUCGAGCUGUAACACUCUUGCUUACAGGCGAUGACAAAGUUGCAGCGAUAAAACAUUUAAGCGAUGGUUGUCGCGUCUUAUGCGACUUACAUUAUAUGGAAACGCAAACUCGGAUAAAACUCAUAACACCUGGACUAGCCAAGCCUUUCCUCAACGUCAUCCAAGACAGUGAGCGGGACGAGACCUUGUUCGGUAACAAACUUCCCGAAAAAAUUAAGGCGUCCAAGGCAAUAGAAAAACAAGGGCUGCAGAUUAAAAAACCUGCAACCAAUAAUAAUACCAAGAGUGCAACUCCAAAUACACCGACAACUUCCCGCGCUCCCGUCUACCAUUACCAAUACCAGGGAAACUGGACAGGCCCUCCGCGCUACCAGUCGAACAGGGGGGGGCGAGGGGGGCAGAAGAGAGGAGCAGUAGGGCCGACCCGCAGAGCACCGCAGCCACAGUCUCGCGCAGCUGGACAACCGAAAACACGUGCUGCUCCCCAGCAAUAAACGAGGAGCCAGCACCCGCUUCACAAGCAGCUUAUCCUGGGUGCCGCGGUGCUCUCCGGCUCUCAUUCACGCGACGCUCCGUGCCGCCGGUAGCCUGGGAACUGAUGCUUGCAUCACUUUCUGACAAUACCAUUAUGCAAU